AUGAACUCAAAUUCAACGACUCCGCACUCUACAACUACUGCUGUACCCGAUAUAAAUGAUAUCCCAACCUCAUCCCCAAACGCUAUCGACGAGACCCAUCUUGCUCCUCCACCUCCAACUCCCGCUUCAGGCCUUAUUUCGCAUACAAUGGGCAGCAGCGGCCCCCAUAAUGGCAACCUUCACUGCCUGAGUGACAGCCCAUUUACGAGCGCUCCCACAACAGCUCCAGGUUCCCCAAGACUAUACCCAAUUAGGCAAAAUUCCGGAUCUGCUACUCCUCGAGUUCGACCUCCAGCCACGACCCUCAAUAUCCCAGGCAUGACCAGAUCCCGCGUCUCGCCUGAUGGGAAAAUAUCCAAACGAGAUGUAGGGGCAAAGCUGGUGGUGAUCAUGGUUGGGUUGCCGGCUCGAGGAAAGUCUUAUAUCACGAAGAAAAUCCAAAGGUACCUUUCCUGGCAACAACACGAGACUCGCAUAUUUAAUGUAGGCAAUCGGAGACGUAUUGCAGCUGGCACAUCAAAUGGAUCUGUGGAGACGCCCCCCACUUCUGCCCCAGGUUCUCCGGCAAGGAAUGGGAGACAUGCAUCUAUAGCCGGUACAAUGGACGCGCCGACUCAGGCCGCUCAUAUCCUGUUGAAUGGUUAUGACCCAGUUGAACAAGAGAACAACGAAUUGGCAAGGCUUCCAAGCGCCGAGGUUAUGGACCAGUCCGCAAAGUUCUUUGACCCCAAGAACCAGAAAGCGUCUCAGAUACGAGAGCAGGUAGCUCUAUCAACUUUAGACGAGCUUCUCGAUUUUCUCUUGACUGGGGAAGGCUCUGUGGGCAUUCUUGACGCUACGAACAGUACAAUUGAGCGUCGUCAAACUCUCUUCAACCAUGUCAAGGAGCGGGAACCCAAGCUAGGCGUAAUUUUUAUUGAAAGUGUAUGUCAAGAUGAGAAGCUGCUAGAAGCUAAUAUGCGUUUGAAGCUCCGGGGUCCAGACUAUAAGGACAAGGACCCCGAGUCUGCUUUGUCCGACUUUAAGAAGCGUGUCGAAGCCUAUGAGAGCGCCUACGUUCCGCUCGGAGCAUACGAGGAAGAACAUAAUAUGCAGUACAUCAAGAUGAUUGAUGUCGGAAGAAAAGCCAUCCACUUCCAGUUGCAGGGCUUUCUCACUAGUGGAAUUGCCUCUUAUCUAUCAACCUUUAAUCUCUCACCGAGACAAAUCUGGAUUACGCGACAUGGGACUUCAGAGGAUAAUGUCCUGGGAAGAAUAGGGGGCGAUUCAAAUCUCACGGAGGAAGGUCGUAACCAAGGGACCGUGCUUUACAACUUCAUUACCCAUAAGCGAGCUGAAUGGGAGGCAGACCAGGAGAGUCGAGCUCGGGCCGCUACCCUAUUUCCCCCUAAAGCAGGCGAUCGCACUCCACCAUAUCCUGAACUACUGGGAGAUCUGGACUCAAAAAACUUCUGUGUUUGGACCUCGAUGUUACAGCGAAGUAUACAGACCGCUGAAGCCUUCCAGGAUGAUGAGAAUUACGACGUAAAGAAUUGGGAGAUGCUUAAUGAAAUUCACGCGGGCAACUUCGAGGGGUUGACCUAUCAGGAAAUACUCAAGUACCAUCACGAAGAAUAUGUCCACCGAGAUCGGGACAAGCUACAAUACGUUUACCCCGGUGUUGGUGGAGAAGGCUAUCUUCAGGUCAUUAGUCGUGUCAGAGACAUCGUGCGCGAACUUGAGAGAAUCAAGGACCACGUUCUGAUCAUUGGACAUCGCUCCGUCUGCCGCGUUUUGAUGGCCUACUUCAUGGAUCUGACUCGGGAUGAUAUUGCGGACCUAGACGUACCUAUUGGACAGCUUGUCUCAAUCGAGCCCAAGCCAUAUGGUAUUGAGGUCCACGCCUACCAGUAUAACGAGAAAGAUUUCUGGUUUGACGAGAUUCCCAACUUCAAGCCCCAAAAAGAGACGGUCAAGGGGAAUUAG